AUGCUUGAUAUCAUCGGUGCCGGUGAGAAUGUCACGAGCUUCUCAUGGGAGGCCCAGCCGCAGACUCGCGGCACGUUCGGCAUUCUCUCGACGUGCUUCGUCACGCUGGCGCUGUGCACGUGGAAAAUCGUGCAUCUGAACCUGCCUGGCAUCUGCCCGGACGACGAUCUCGCCUGGUCGGACUGGUGGUCAGUGGACAGGACGGUGCGGCAUAAACUUGUGCACAUUUGCGGUGGCCAUCAACUCGUGCGCCAGAUCGGCUGGUUGGUCAUCGGCCUGUUUGCACCCGAGUUGAUCGCGUUCGCCGCGUUCAAGCAAUACUGGGAUGCGAAACAUCUGCAAAAGUAUAUGGAAGAAAAUUACCUGGAACAAAACAAAGGACCCAGCUGGUGGCCGGCUAUCCUGAGGCCAAGGGCCAGCCCGGUCGAUGCCGAGUCCAACGACGAAGACAAACCUGUCUGGACCAUGACCCACAGCUUUUACGCCGUCAUGGGAGGCUUUACUUACACGCUCCGAGAAGGUUCAAGGGUGUAUCUACCUGACGACCGCAAUCGCGAACAGCUCACACUAAGGCAUGAAGCCAUCCGUUUCGUUGCGAAGUACGAGCCAUCCAUCAUCCCAAAACUAACCGUCAAUGCAAUCCGAGACAAGAGCAAGGCGAGUGCUUUCGUGAAAGUCAUAACCCUCUUUCAAGCUAUCUGGUUCAGCCUUCAGUGUAUCGUGAGAAUGCAGCAGGGUUUGUCCAUAUCUCUCCUCGAACUCACCACCUUCGCGCACUGCAUUUGCGGCCUGCUGGUAGGAGCAGUCUGGCUGCAGAAGCCACUCGGUGUGCAAGAGCCGACUCCGCUGGAGAUGCCAAAGUCAAUCCGGCAACAGCACUGGCUCAUGGCCAUGCUAUACACCCUCAGCAGCUUCGACCACAGAGAAUCCGACGACGACCGGUACCGCAAGACGGCUAGAUCGCACCACAAACCAAUCGAGCGCACCAACGUGUACAACACGGAUGCGUACAACAACGACAACAACGACCACGCGACCGCCAGCCAACUGGACCUAUCCUCGCCAGCCGCGGCCGAAAAGUCGACGUCCCCUCGACCAGCAAGCAGCGCCAGCCAACCUCCACCCUCCUCUUCCUCCAAACGCCACAGCCGUCUCCUCCCAAAACUCAACCCCGCCCGCGCCGCCGCCUCGGCCAUCCUCCACGCCCAAAAGGUCUCCUCGCCCCCCAACAACAACCAUGCCGUCGACACCGACCCCAACACCGACCCCGCCGCCACCGCCGCCCUCCGCCGCUACACGAUGCGCACCCGCCUGGCGCAAAAGGGCUGGACGCACUACAUCCUCGCGCCGGCGGCGGCCAACACAGACGUGCUGUCGGACCCGCUCUCGCGCAACGGGCCGGCGCUGCAGCGGCGCGUGCGACGCGACCUGCGCGACGCGCUCGCGGACCGCGUGCCCAACUUCCCGCGGCGCAGCCACCUGCGGCGCGGGGUGACGCUGCGCACGCACCUCGCGGUGACGCUGACGGGCUGCGCGUACGGGGCGCUGCACCUGCUCGCGUGGGACGCGCCGUUCGCGACGCGCGCCGAGGCGGUGCUGUGGCGGCUCGCGGCGCUGAGCCUCGCCGCGAGCGGGCUGCUCGUGCCCGUCGCGCGCGUCGAGGGGUGGAUGAGCGACGCGGUGAGGCCGUUUUUGCUGGAUCGCGACGGCGAGGGCGACGAGGAGGAGGCGAGGCGGUUGGCGGAGCUGGGCGUCGUCGGGUUCGUGAGGAGCUAUGAGAGGCCGCAUGCGGAUCCGGUGGCGCCGAGGCCGGGGGUGUUGGGGGUGGUGGAGGAAGGGUUGGCGGAGGCCGGGGUGGGAUCACUGGGGGGGAGAUCGGGCGAGGAGGAGAAGGGGGAGGUGGUGGGUCACGAUGCGAGGUCGGUGGUGUCGUCGUACGACGGGUGGAGGCAUUUCCGCGACCUGGUGUUCAAGGCCGGGUUGGGUUGGGCGGUGGAGGUGCUGAGGGUGUGCAGGUUGGUGGUGCUGGUGGUGGUCGGAGCCGUGUACAUCGGGCUGCGCGUCUUCAUCUUUGUGGAGUGCUUGAUCAACGUGGGCAAUCUGCCGUCGUCGGCGUACAAGGUUGUGCAGUGGUCGCAGUACGUGCCGCACAUCAGCUAG